GCCUCCCGCCACACCAUGCCUCUUCGCGCCCUCGACCCUGCCCUGCGCCACACGGCGCGCGCCGCGACGACCGCGCUCCGUCCCUCUCGCCUCUCGGCCCAACCGGCCUACUUCCACGACGCCCAGCGCAGCAUCGGCCAGGUGUGGCUGCCCGACAUGGCUCGCAUCGAGGCCGUUGCCGAGGCUCCCGUUGCCAUUCCCAUGGCGCCGGACGCCUACCGCAUGACGGCCAGCUCUGCGUCGCCCGCUCAACUCGCCGGCGAGGUGACGACCGUCGCGAGCCGCUCGACGCACCUCGGUGCCGGCCCUUCUUCGACUGGUAGCGCCGCCCAGUGAGCGCUGUGCGCCCGCGAGCACGAGCGACACAGAGUGUUUCCCCUCCUCGUCCCUCCUCGACAGACCCUCUCGUUUCCCGCCCUUCUCCCCUCUCGUCCUCCUUUGUGAUCCGUACCCCCUUUCUGUUGGACGUGUAGACUCUCGCUCUCGAAUCGGUGCAAGAAUCUUUUCCCAGUGCUC